AUGGCCAGCCACAUCAUCGGGAAUCGCAACAGCACCCCAGAGGCGUCAAAUUCAACUCUGCGUCCUCCGUCGUCGUCCCGCAACCUCGGAUCCCACCAGUUGCGAGCAUCGGCCGACAUGUCCGGGUUCCCCUCGCCGCUCUCCUCCCGCAGCAUCCGUCCCUCGUCGGAAGUUUUCUUUAACCAACAAUCUCAAAACCAGAACACAACCGAAGAUGCGUUGGACCGGGCCGCUCAGCAAUGGCUCGCGGACAUUGAUCAAUACGAGACGACGUUGGAGGAGAUGGCGGCCGCCACACUCGACCAGGACUUCAAGGACGAACUCAGCGCCAUCGAACAGUGGUUCCGUGUGCUGAGUGAGGCCGAGCGGACAGCCGCCUUGUACGCUCUUUUGCAGCAGACCACUCAGGUGCAGAUUCGGUUCUUCAUCCAAGUGUUGCAGCAGAUGUCUCAGGGCCACCCGAUGUCGGGGUUGCUGUCCCCCGCCAACUUUGGUGAAAAAGAUGCCAUGUCGAGCCGCUUGAGUGAUGCCAUGUCCAAAUUGAACAUGGACACGUCGCGGAGCUCCUUGGGCCGGCCCCCACCAUCCCCGGGCGCGAAGCGGAACUCGGGUCUCGACUCGUCUACCAUCAACGCCAUGUUCCCGGAUGCUGCCGCGGCAAUUGCAAAGAAGAAGGCCGAGUUUACCCAGCAAACGGGCAACGCACCUCCCUCGAACCGCAACAGUGCAGCCUUUGGGGAGCGUACCUCAUUUGUUGCUCCGACGAUCUCUGCACCUGACAACGGCUCGGACAACCUGGGCCAGCCGCCGGCGUCGCCAUGGGGUCCCCGUGGUCUUUCCGACACUCAGCCCCCGAUCGCCAGGCCCAAGUCCUCGUCGGGUCAUCAGCCCAUGGGCCAGUUUAGCCAGCCCUCCGCGUCCUCGGGGAUGCGCUCACCCCUCCCCCAAACUGCUACAAUCCCUGCUCCGGAUAUCGAGCCACCCCUGCUCUCGCCGUACAACGUCGGUAAUCACAGCUGGGCGUCGAUGGCAAACACGCCGAUGACAGCGACCUUCGGUCAACAGCAGCAACAGCAGCAAACCCAGCCACAGAACACCCAGGCUGACAUGGUGGCCAACGCGACGGCGAUGAAGCUGGCAGCUUUGUCGACGGUGAAUAACCGGAUUGCUUUGGACGAUGCGCGCAAGUAUCGGCGUGCCCGGUCCAACGACGGCCAGGGUAAGAACUCAGCCGGGAACCCGACCAUUUCUCAGGGCCUGUCGAGCCCUGGUCUGCCUGGAUCAAACCUGGUGGCGGGUCAGCUCUUGAACGCCCAGCAGCUGGCGGCCUUGCAAGCGCAGCAGCAAGCAGCCAUGGCGGGCGGGCGGUCUCGCCCGACCUCGCCUGGCAUCGCCAUGCAGGGUGCUGGACUGGGGGCAAUGGGCUUCACCUCGCCGCAGAACAACGGGUUUUUGGCGGCGUAUGACCCAAACAACCCCCUGAUGGGCAACGGCCUGGGCUCGUUGGGCAUUGGACAGUUUGGGUUGGGCGGCGAAGGAUACUUGUCGGACCACUCGGAGGUGACCCGCGGGCGUUCGCCGCGUGGUCGCCGUGGCAGCUCAAAACCGCCGGAGGACCCCACAGACCCGGCACUUCUGAAGGACAUCCCCAGCUGGCUGCGAUCCCUUCGGCUGCACAAGUACACGGACCAUCUCAAGGAUCUCAAGUGGACGGAAUUGAUCGAACUGGAUGACAAGGCACUGGAAGACCGUGGUGUCAACGCGCUUGGGGCGCGGAACAAAAUGCUCAAGGUCUUCGAUCAGGUCAAGGAUGCCCGUGCCGACGGCAAGCUCGACAGUGCUUAG